AUGGCAUUACCCAGCCUGCUGGUGGCUCUGAUUUUAGGGACGACCCCCUUAGCAGGCAGCUUUGACGCGGCCUCUCUUAACCCUCCCCUUGCCCCAGCUCGUAGCCCGCAGCAUCCCCGCUCGCCCCGCGCCCCGCCGGCCCCCCAGCACCAGCCCGGCUGCCCUGGAGCCGAAGGGUCAGGGGGGCGCUUUGUCAACGUGACCGAGUUCGGCGCCGAGUGCCUGCCCUGGGCGGAGGUGCCCACUUUCCUGGAGAAGACCCCCCAGGGGAAGGGGCUGCGGGGCCAGCACAACUUCUGCAGGAACCCCGACGGCAGAAGCAGACCCUGGUGCUUCUACAGGAACAGCCGGGGCAGGGUGGACUGGGGCUACUGUGACUGCAAACAAGGGUCAGUGCGACUUCGAGGUGGCAAGAAUGAGUUUGAAGGCACAGUUGAAGUUUAUUUGAAUGGAAUUUGGGGAACAAUCUGCAGCAGUCAUUGGGACAAUAAUGAUGCAUCAGUCAUAUGUCGGCAGCUUGAGCUUGGCAAAAGAGGUACAGCAAAGUAUACACCAUUUUCUGGACUGGGCCUUAUCCCUGUUUAUUGGAGUGAUGUACGUUGCCAUGGUGAUGAAGAAAAUAUACUGCUGUGUGAAAAAGACAUCUGGCAGGGCGGAACAUGUCCUCAAAAAAUGGCAGCUGCUGUCAUGUGUAGCUUUUCCCAUGCCUUUAUUCCAAUCCGUCUGGCUGGUGGGAGCAAUGCUCAUGAAGGAAGAGUGGAAGUCUACCAUACUGGCCAAUGGGGGACUGUCUGUGAUGACCAGUGGGAUGAUGCAGAUGCUGAAGUUGUCUGUAGGCAGCUUGGCCUUGGGGGAGUAGCCAAGGCAUGGAGCCAGGCUUACUUUGGAGAAGGCUCAGGCCCAGUGCUGCUGGACGAAGUACGUUGUACAGGGAACGAGCUGUCCAUAGAACAGUGUCCAAAGAGCUCCUGGCGAGAACACAACUGUGGCCACAAAGAAGAUGCAGGAGUUUCCUGCACGCCUCUUACAGAUGGUGCAAUAAGACUAGCAGGUGGGAAAGGCAGUCAUGAAGGACGUCUGGAGGUACAUUACAGCGGGCAGUGGGGCACAGUCUGUGAUGACGGGUGGACUGAGCUGAAUACACAGGUGGUUUGUCGGCAGCUGGGAUUUAAGUAUGGAAAAAGUGCAUCAGAAAGCUUCUCAGAAGAGAGUACUAGGCCUAUCUGGUUGGAUGAUGUCAGCUGCUCAGGAAAAGAAUCAACCAUCCUUCAGUGCUCAAAGAGAGAGUGGGGAAAGCAUGACUGCAGCCAUCAGGAGGAUGUCAGAAUAACCUGUCACCCAGAUAAUGACAGCCAUAGAUUCUCACUGGGUCCUCCCAUCAGGCUGAUGGAUGGUGAGAAUAAGAAAGAAGGACGUGUGGAGAUUUUUAUCAAUGGCCAGUGGGGCACAAUUUGUGAUGAUGGAUGGUCUGAUAAGGAUGCAGCUGUGGUCUGUCGACAGCUUGGCUACAAAGGCUCAGCUAGAGCAAGGACUAUGGCAUAUUUUGGGGAAGGGAAAGGACCAAUCCACGUGGAUAAUGUGAAAUGUACAGGAAAUGAGAGAUCCCUGGCAGACUGCAUAAAACAGGAUAUUGGAACACACAACUGCCGUCACAGUGAAGAUGCUGGUGUGAUCUGCGACUACCUUGGCAAGAAGGCCUCCGGGAACAGUAAUAAAAAUUCCCUUGCUUCUGUUUGUGGAUUGAGGUUACUGCAUCGUCGACAGAAGCGGAUAAUUGGUGGGAAAAAUUCUUUAAGGGGCGGUUGGCCCUGGCAGGUUGCCCUCCGACUGAAAUCAUCUCAUGGUGAUGGAAGACUCUUAUGUGGCGCCACACUCAUCAGCAGCUGCUGGGUGCUCACUGCAGCACACUGUUUUAAGAGGUAUGGCAACAACACUCGGAACUAUGUCGUACGAGUUGGGGAUUAUCACACACUGGUUCCUGAGGAGUAUGAGGAGGAAAUUGGAGUCCAACAGAUCAUGCUGCACAAAGAAUACAGGCCUGACAGCAACGACUAUGACAUUGCACUAGUGAGGUUGCAGGGACCAGAAGAACAGUGCGCCAGAUUCAGCACCCAUGUCUUACCCGCAUGUUUGCCACUGAGGCGAGAGAGGCCACAGAAAACUGCCCCCAACUGUUACAUCACUGGGUGGGGUGACACAGGAAGGGCCUAUUCAAGAACAUUACAACAAGCUGCCAUCCCCCUACUUCCUAAGAGACUUUGUGAAGAGCGUUAUAAGAGAAGGUUCACAGGGAGGAUGCUCUGUGCUGGAAACCUCCAAGAACAGAAACAUGUGGACAGUUGUCAGGGAGACAGUGGUGGACCACUCAUGUGUGAACGUCCAGGGGAAAGCUGGGUUGUGUAUGGGGUGACUUCCUGGGGUUAUGGCUGUGGAAUCAAAGACUCUCCAGGUGUCUACACUAAAGUCUCUUCCUUUGUACCCUGGAUAAAAAGUGUGACCAAAUUGUGA